UAUAGCCUGGAAAAUGUCUAGGAUUUUAUUCUAGACGAAAGACCUAGUAUUUGCGCCUAAAAUGCAGGAAACCCAUCUUCAAAAUAGGCAAUAGGAUACAUUUGUGAAAAUUUUCAAAUCCAGGCUAACAGCUAUUAAAGAAAUAAUGGCGCUUUGUCAAUUCGUCUGGUAGAGUAUCAAAUACCUGGUCAUUAUUCGAGUCAUCAGUAUUGUCGGAUCACUGUGUCGGAUUCAUGAGUGUAAUGAAUGGAUGUAAUGAUGCUGGAUGUAAUAAAGAAUGCGGAAUUUAUGCGGUUGCGGAAAGUUAGGUAAUCAAGUGGAAACAGAUAGUUAGAGAAUUGAGAGUGACUGAGAGGUUACAAAGUGUAUUAUAGUUUAUAAAUAUUAGAAUAUUUAUAUUAGAAUAUUUAGAGUUUCAUGUUCUUCCGUUCUUGUAUAUUCUUUGGUCAUGGUUUGAAUGACUUAAACUCCCUGGGAACCUUGCAAUGUGAAUAAGCUUUUCAUGGGUAAACGUUUUUUAAUGAGAAUCAAAAGUAGUUGUGCUGUUGUAGCAAUGAGGUGGUCGGAAGUUUACGUUGGUUGUGCAUUUCAAUGGUGAAAGUCUAAAAGAUAAUUAUUAUUGGGUAGCUGGCAAACACGAUCGGGUAUGGCAUUGAUACAGAGAAGGGUGAAUUUUGAUGAAACGUGGCAAAAAAUAUCUGAUACCGUUGAUGCAGUUAUCUGCUUGAAGAAGGUCACAACAAAAGAUUGGAAUGAAAGAUUCACAGAUGUGUAUUCCAUGUGUGUUGCUUACCCUGAACCUCUUGUGGAAAGGUUGUAUGAGGAAGUUAAGAAGCUACUCACUUCCCAUGUAGAUAAAAUUUAUAAAGAGAUAUCUUCUGAAACAUACUACCUUCAAUUGUAUCAUAAACAUUGGUCGCAAUAUUACGGCGGAUGCCGCUUUUUAAAUCUGCUAUUUCGCCAUUUAAAUCAACAUAUUAAGAAGGAGAGACAAGAUGGUGGAGAUAUUUCACCGUUCGUCGUCGCCGGUUCCGAGGUUGAAAAUAUGCUUGAAGUUGGUGAGCUUGCAUUGGAAAUUUGGAGAGAAGCCGUAAUAGAACCCAUGAAGGAAAAGUUAGUUGCAGAAAUCUUGGUCGAGAUAGGAAGAGAUCGAAAUGGUGAGAACACCCAGCACAGCGUAAUCAAGGCAGCCAUUGAAUCAUUUGUUGUCGUUCAAGAGUAUUAUAUUCGAGGGAAACUACAGCUUUACGAAUCUGAGUUCGAACGAAAACUGCUGGAAGAAACACGAGAAUUUUACCGAACGGUGUCUGCGCGACUUGUAUCUGAAUUCACAUGUUCCGUUUACUUAGUCAAGGCAGAUAAUUUGAUUCGGGAAGAAAAGAUCCGAGCUUCACGACUUUUUCACAAUUCUUCCACAAACAAAGUGAACAAAGAAUGUGAGGGACAGUUGGUUGAAAGUCAUGUAAAUUUACUGCAAUCUGAAUGCAAACAAAUGAUAAGAGAUGAAAAUCUUGAAGAUCUUGGAAGAAUGUAUUCCUUGAUGAAAUCUAGUGUGACUGGUUUACGGUCGAUGGUUCAACUUUUGGAGGACAACAUAAAAGAGAAAGGAUUGGAAACCGUACGUUGUAUUGACGCUGAAAAGACUCCGCAUAAUUAUGUCGAUGCUUUACUACGAAUACACAGAAAGUAUUUCAACCUAAUCAACAACACAUUCAAUGGCGAUAAAGCAUUUUUUAAGGCUCUGGAUCAGGCAUGUUACGUUAUUGUCAAUACCGAAAAGUCCUCAAAGAAGAGCUCUCAGUCUGCAGAAUUGUUGGCGCGCUAUGCAGAUUCGAUUUUAAAGAAAAGCCAAAGAAAUUUAAACGAAAGCGAACAAGAGGAGAAAAUGGCUGAUAUAAUCAUAGUAUUUAAGUAUCUUGACAAUAAAGAUGUCUUUCAAAUGUUUUUUGCGAAGAUGUUGGCAAAACGUCUAAUUCAUAAUCUGUCAGUUUCCAUGGAUGCAGAAGAAAAUAUGAUCAACCGCCUGAAGCAUACUUGUGGCUAUGAAUAUACGAACAAUCUUCAUCGAAUGUUCACCGACAUGAGCUUGAGUGGAGAUCUAAACAAAAAUUUUAUUGAUGGGUUGAAGGACACUGAUCGCAGACUCGAAAUCAGCACGUCGUUUCUUAUACUGCAGGUUUCGUAUUAAGGCCGUGCACCUUGUGACUUAGGGUACUACCGUACUACGGCAUACCGAAAAGAAGUCGUAAACGUAAACCCGCAUGCAUGCAGCAUUUCCAUCACAAUUUUCAUUUUAAGAGUUUUUGCUAUUUUAAGAAACCAGCUCUUGAUAAUUUUCAUCUAAGA